AUGGCCUUCAUCGCGUCCAAGCUCGUUCGAGCAGCCCUAGCAUCACGCCCCGUUGGAGAUAUUGCUGGUAGUAUUUCCCCGUGUCUCCCCCGGCUCUCUCUGACUGGCGGUUCCAUCCGUCGCAUGUCUGCAGCUGCAGACGGUUCUGAGAUAGAAGAAAUUCUCGGACUCCGCGGCUUUGUGGCGGACAUAAAUCCAGAAGAAAAAUUUCCCCUUGUUGAUGAGAAUUCCAUUAAGUCCAAGGAAUCUCUGUGGGCUUUGUAUAAAUGCUGGUGCAAGUAUCGUGGGGUAUCUCGUAGCCAUGAAGAAAUGACCCGUCGGUUCAGUUCAUUUAGGGCUUCUGCAAUGCGCGUGUACAAAAACAACAAUUCUAGAUCGUCGCAAGUGUCUCAACUGGGCCCAUUUGCAGAUAUGACCAAGGCGGAGAUUGCUCGCCUGUUUCCUCCUCGUGGUCCCAAGUGCCGCUUUGGGGGGUCCAGGAGGCAGUGCAGACCUUAA